AUGGCGCAUAUCCUGGUGGAACACGAGAUCAACGCUCAAGACCCUCUUCCGCGCGACUACUUGCAACCCGUCAAAGAACUUUGGGUCGACGGUGGUGUCAAGCAGGCCAUAGCAAAGGGCAAUGAGUUCGCCCUUCACGACAACCUGGCAUACUUCUGUGACGAUUUGGACCGAAUUUGGGAUGCGAGCUACGAACCCACAGACCAAGAUUUGUUGCGAUCGAGACUGCGAACCACAGGAAUCACCGAAACGGUCUUCGACCUCGGUCAGUUGACAUACCGUAUGUUCGACGUCGGUGGCCAACGUUCAGAGCGGAAGAAGUGGAUUCACUGCUUCGAAAACGUCAAUUGCUUGCUCUUCCUCGUCGCCAUCAGCGGAUACGAUCAAUGUUUGGUUGAGGACAAGGACGGCAACCAAAUGAACGAAGCACUUAUGCUCUGGGAGUCGAUCGCAAACUCGCAUUGGUUCACAAAGUCCGCCCUUAUCCUCUUUCUGAACAAGAUGGAUCUCUUCAAGGAGAAACUGCCCAACAACCCAAUCACGUCGCACGGUUUCACGGAUUACCACGGCCCCGCCGAAGACUGGAAGUCUGCCAGCAAGUAUUUCUUGGACAAGUUCCGCGCCCUCAACCGAAACACCGAGAAGGAGAUCUACGGACAUUUCACGAAUGCCACCGAUACGAACCUGCUCAAGAUCACUAUGGGCUCGGUCCAGGACAUGAUUAUCCAGCGCAACCUCAAGCAGCUGAUACUAUAA